GCUUAAAGUCAACUGUUCUCCGAGCAGAAUCUUAAUGGUAUUUUGUUUUGUUGUUUUGUUUUUUUUUCUGUUUGUUUUGUUGGUUUUUUUUCUGUUAGCAACCCAACUACUGGAGCUUUAAGACAAGAAGCUCGCGGCACUCCCAGGGCUCCCAGUCCGGCCUGGCCGAUCAAGCCAAGCUCUCCUUCGCCUCCGCCGAGUCCCUGGAGACCAUGUCUGAAGCCGAGCUGCCCCUCGGAUUCAACAGGAUGAACCGGUUCCGGCAGAGCCUGCCUUUGUCCCGCUCCACCAGCCAAACCAAGCUCCGGUCGCCAGGGGUCCUUUUCCUGCAGUUCGGGGACGAGACGCGGCGCGUCCACAUCACACACGAGAUCAGCAGCAUGGACACGCUGCACGCCCUCAUCGUCCACAUGUUCCCCCAGAAGCUCACCAUGGGGAUGCUGAAGUCCUCCAACACGGCCAUCCUCAUCAAGGACGAGUCGCGCAACGUCUUCUACGAGCUGGAGGACGUCCGGGACAUCCAGGACAGAAGUAUCAUCAAAAUCUACCGCAAAGAGCCCCUCUACGCCUCCUUCCCAGGUUCACACAUCACCAAUGGGGACCUGCGGCUGCCGCACCAUGAAGGGCUGCGCCAGGAGAUUGGCUGGUCCCCACCCUGGUGGUGGAGUCAUAAACACCAUGAUUAG